AUGCGGUCUGCGGAAGGUGCGUGUCCGCGCAGCCGGCACCGUGUGCGGCGCAGGGCCAUUGCGACUGUGCGUGCGGCGCUGCUUGUGGCGUUGGCGCUGGUUGCGGCGACGGCGUGGGUGCCCGCGGCGCAUGCGGUGGUGUUGCGACUGCGGGGCGGCACGGUGGACAGAGCCAUCACGGUUGGCCGCGCCGUGGACACGGUGCUGAUGGACGGCGUGUCCAUCACGAACGGCGUGGCUGUUGUGUUCGACGUGCCGGCGAUGCUUCCCGGUGCGCUGCGCAUCGAAUUGAGGAACUGCGUGUGCGACGGCGGUGCGCAGAUCUACGUGCGGGGCUACAGCGGCGAGCCGGCGAGUGACCGGAGCCUGGAGGUGAGCGUGAGCGGGCUGUCCGGCGGCUACUGCUCGCUUGUGUUUGUGCACAACCUGCCGGCACACACGAACGUGACGGUCCGUGACUCGACGAUUGUGACGGCGGGGCCGAUGCGCUACUCGCAGCUGAGCGGACUGACGGACGCUGUGGCGUCGCCGCUUGUGCUGCACGCGACUUCGCUGUUGCAGACGCAGCUGUGUGUGAGCAACACUGUGCUGAGGUCGUUGCAUGCGGGCGGGUCGGCGGUGUACGUUGGCGGCGGCGUGGACCUGCUGUCGAGCGCGGUGGUGCUUGACGGCGUGUCGCUGGAGGCGUUGGGCGGUCCGACCGCGUCCGCGAUGCGUGUGGCGCCCUCGUCGAUUCUCAGUCUGCGGAGCCACUCGGUGUUCUCCGUGACGAACGUGUCGGUUGUGAGCAGCGGCGGCGGCAUUGUGCUUGGCGAGCGCCUCGCGGUACUUGAUUCGGUGCUGCGCUUCGUGGGCGUCGAGGGGUCUGUUGCGUCGUCGCUGGUGCGCUGCGACGGUGGGACGGUCGGUGCCGGCGGGUGGCUGGAGCUGCGCGACGUGUGGGCGGUGGGCGAGGCGUCGUCUGUGGCGUCGCUGUCGGGGGUGACGCUGAGCGGCGGUGCCGUGUCGAUUGCUUGCUGCGCUGCCGCUGGCGCUACGCUUGUCUCCGGGCCGACGAUCGCGAGCGGCGCCGUGUCGGUGCAGCGCAACCGUGCCGGCGGCCGUGUGCUGCGGAGCAGCGGCGACUACCGCUCUGCCGGCCUGCCCUCCGUGAGCGUGGUGCCGUGCGACGGCUGUGCGGCUGCGCUGGCAUGCUUUGAUGCGCUGACGGCUUCGUUCUCUGACUGCGUGUGCAGCUGCCGUGCCGGCGGUGUGGGCGAUGCGUGUCUGCCGUUCGACGUGCCGCCUGCGAGGGCCGGUGGCGGUGGCGAUACUGCGGAGGGCUGCGUGAGUGGCGUGACGCUGACGGGGUCGGUGACGGCGGGCGGCGGGCGUGCGACGGCGUGUUUCGACUCGGUGGUGUUCAGCGGACCGAUCACUGUGGCGGUGGAACUGCGCUCGAUGGACGCGUUCGCUGACGCGCUGAACGUGACGCUGCGUCACUGCGUGCUUGCGGGCGGCGCGCAGCUGCGGAUUGGCGGCCUCAGCGAGAGCACGGCGCGCCUGAUGCCCCACGCCCUCGUCAACAUGACGAAUGUGACGUCGCUGGAGGGCACGAUCGUGCUGCAUGGCGCGAUGCCGCAGCACUCGAGUGUGCUGCUGGCGAACUCAACGCUGCGUUCGACGGUUGGCGGGUCGCGGUACGUGCCGACGACCCGUGGCCACGAGGGAUUUCGGUACGGCCCCGCGCUUGUCCUGGACGGCGUCCGGCUACUGUCGACGCGGUUUGUCAUGACGCGGUCGACGCUGGUGUGUGGCGGGGAAUUGUGCGCUGCGAUCCUCGUGGAGCGCGGCCUCAUGGCGAACAUGUCCAGCGUAUUCUACAUGGACAACUGCGCUGUCAUGUCGCGGACGCACGUGAUGUACGCUCUUGCGUCGGACCUGCGUGUCAGCGGCGGCUCCGUGUUCUCCAUACAGAACAGCUCGUGGAGUGCGCCGAGCACCGAGUACUACGGGGGCGCGUGUGUGUUUGGGGACGUUGUUGUGGCUGGCGGCAGCGUGCUGCAGGUUGUGUCCAGCACGUUUCGUCUCGGCUUCGCCAUGCUCAUGGCAAACACGCUGACUGUGACUGACGGCAGCUGGCUGGUGCACCGCAACAACGAGUUCCGCACCGCCUACGUUGUGUACGUGGCUGCUCACUACGGCGUUGCGUUCCGCGAUCGGAGUGUGUGGUCGAUACUUGACAACAACUUCACGUACGGCUCGUACUCGACCUUUACCUUUAUGACAAGCAACUGGUCACCGCCAUCCGACGCGCGCCCGACCAUCUACGGCGUGUGCAACGAGGCAAGGGGCUCUCCUGUGACGGAUUACGGAGACGACCUCAAUAUUGGAUCACCCGUGAGGGUGCUGGACUGUGGUGCGUGCACCGUGGACGCCGUGUGCUUUGCGGCGAGGACGAGCAGCAUCAGCGGCUGUGAGUGUGUGUGUGCUGCUGGCGGCCACGGCGACACGUGUGUGCCAGCUGCGGUUCCGGACGGCCUUGGGCCGCUUCCGCUCCCCGAUGCGAGGGACACGGAGGUCCGCUGCGUGCACGGUGGCAGCAUCAGCUCCGUGGACGAUCCUGAUCCCGGUGUGCGUGGUCUGUGCUUCGUCAACGUGACCUUCACCGCCGCGAUUGUGCUGGACCUGUUGCAUUUUGACGCGCCACAACAGACACUCAACAUCACGCUGCUGCAGUGCGUCCUCGUGGGCCUGUUGAUCAAGGGGAGUGGUGCACGCGUGCACGUGAGCGUGACAUCCUCGAUGCUGGAUUCAGGUGCAUUGGAGUUUGCCGGUGAUUUUGGCGUGAGCUCCCAGAUACUGGUGGCAGGUAGUACGCUUGUGACGACGUCGUCUUACGCCGUUGCUUUUUAUUUGCCUUCUCUUGGGGCGAACUCGUCACUGCUGUUGCUCGACAACAACAUCGAGGGGAAUAUUCACGCAGUCUAUUUUUCCAUUGGUAUUGUUGAUGGUGGCGGGAUCAUUGUGAAGGGAAAUACGUUGAUCACAACGGAGGAGGACGACGGUGUGGAGUCGUCCGUUCGCGUUUGCACUGUUUUGAAUGGCGGCUACCUUGACGUGGAGAACAACACGAUGAGCGCGGUCAAUGGCGUUUAUGUAUUUGGGGAUACCGUCGUGAGCUCCGCGGGGCUGCUGAGAGUGGCGGACUGCAACUUUGUUGGCAGCGCGGAGUUUUUGGAUUCCACGUUGGUGUAUUUCGUCGGCUCUGUGACUCUGGAAGGAGGUGCGCAGUGGCGUGUGGAGGGCAACAACGUGAGCGCAGCCUUAAUAUUAAGUAUAGCACAUGUCCAGCAUAAAAUUCAGCUGUCGGACAGCGGCACCACCGUGGUGCUUGCACACAACCUUCAGGUAGACGAUAUUUAUCCCUUUGCUGAUCUGGCCUCAUCAGACACUAUUGUGGCUUCCCCCGCGCGGUUUGUGGUUGGGUGCAACCUGCAGGGCGGUGAGGAGGUGUCGUACGACGGCAUGUUUCCUGGGGAAGUGGUGGUGUUCAGGUGCGGCAUGUGCAACGACGACGCGGCGUGCUACAUGCCCGGGACGGAGUUGGUGGACCGCAGCUCGUGCUCGUGCAGCUGCAAGGACGGAUGGCAUGGCGCGUCGUGUCUUCCCUUUGAGGUGCCCGACAGGGUUGUGCUGCCCUUGCCGGAGAGAGCCGUCGACGGCGACACGAGCUGCGUGGUGAACCAGACGCUGACGAACGUCACGCUGAACAUGUGGAAGACGCACCACUGCUACGUGGGGGUUACAUUCAGCGGCGUGGGUGCUGCGCUGACGUUCUACCUCAACAGUAUGCCGCUGCAUCUCCCCAUCAACAUCACGCUCACUGGGUGCACAUUCCGUGAGGGCGUCGUGCUGCGGUUUGUUGGUGGCGCUGAGUCGGCCGAGUCAUCCGGCGUCCUGAUCCGUGUGGGCCAGGCGAUGAUGCGUUCCUCCGUUGUUGCUUUUGCACUUGUCCUCCCGCAGCACUGCGAUAUUGCCGUCACGGAGGUUGACGCGGUGCAAACCUCUGAGGUUCAGUUGGCGGAUACUAUCAGCAACAAGUUUGGCGUAUUGAUGCUGAUAAACGUUGUAUUGAAUGCGUCCUCGCUGUUGGUCAGCAACGUCAAGGCACAUGCAUUGAGGUAUUGGGGGUUUGGUUUGUACUCGAUCGGGACGCUGUCGCUGGUGGGUGGCAGCUCGCUGUACACGCGGUACUGCAGCUUUGAUGGAUACACACACAUUCUGUACUUAAUUACCCUUGGUGUUUGCGAUCACUCCGUUUUUGCUUUGCUCAACAACAUAAUGUUCUCCGGGACAAGCUUCUUGUAUCAGCACUCCCGCUUAGGCGUGUCGGAUCACAGCGUGCUGCGCAUGGUGGGGAACAG